CUCCUUAGUCCAUAAACAGGUCUUCCUCGUAGUUACCUAUUCAAUUACAAAGUAUUUUCGAGUCAUUCAGUCACUAUAUCUUUCUAAUUUGUGAUUAAGUCAGAAUAUUACAAAGUAAAAGUACACUGUGCAAGUGUGCAAUCAUUCCGAACACAAAAUAAUAUAAUUCAUAUAAGUAGUGAGACCUGUAUUUAAUGGUCAUUCGUGUCUUUCUUUCGAUUUUCUUGGGUGCUGUUAAAGUUGAAAGGAUGAUAGGUUUAUUAAUUUUAAUUAAACUCAUUUCGAAAUGAAGAAAUCCGAAGCACUCAAUAUUGUACAAAAUGUUGACUUAUGCUACAGCAACUGUAAAUUGAUCACUGUAGACAAUUGCGAUAUAACCUACAAUGAUUUUUUUAAGAAUUUUAUGAUCAGAAAUUUACCGUGUCUCAUUAAAAAUGUGAGUUUAUCGUGGGAAAGUACCCGUAAGUGGAUAAAAGAUAAUAAAAUUAACUAUGAUUACUUCCUGGAAGUGUAUGGUGAUUUAGAUGCUCCAGUAGCCGAUUGUGAUAGCAUACAUUUCAACGCUCAUAAUAAGAUUAAUAUGAAAGUAAAAGAUUACUUUCAUUAUUUAAAAAAUGACGAAAGGGAUAAACUUUUAUAUUUGAAAGAUUGGCAUUUGAAAAGACUUCGUCCGAACGAUACUUUUUAUGCAGUUCCUGAGAUUUUUUCAUCUGAUUGGUUAAAUGAAUUUGCUAAUGAUCACGGGGACGAUGAUUUCAUGUUUGUUUAUAUUGGUCCUCAAAACUCAUGGACUCCAUUCCAUGCAGAUGUUUAUUCUUCGUUUAGUUGGUCUGUUAAUGUGAUAGGCAAAAAAAAGUGGCUUUUAUUUCCUCCCGGCGAAGAAAAUAAGAUCAAAGAUAAAUUGGGUAAUCCCCCUUUGUUCUAUAAUGAUUGCAAAGAUAAAAACCUUGAUAUAAAGUAUUUUGAGAUCAUACAAGAAACCGGUGAUGCUUUGUUUGUUCCAUCAGGAUGGCAUCAUCAGGUAGUAAACAUUAUGGACACAAUAUCAGUUAAUCACAAUUGGGUUAAUGGGUGCAAUAUAGAACAAAUGUGGACGUCCUUACAAAAUAAUUUAACCUCUGUAGAAAAUGAAAUAGAAGAACUUAGAGAUACUGAAGAAUUCUCUGAUCAGUGUCAAUUAAUAUUAAAAUCUGUUUUCGGUAUGGAUUUUAAUAUGUUCAUAAGUUUUGUUACUUAUAUAGGCAAAAAACGUUUAUCACAAGCUAAAGGGGAAAAUGUUGAUUCGAAUUGUGAGUUAGAAAUGACUCAUAUUAUAUUUGAUUUAAAGAUGGUAUUAAAAAUAAUGUGUUUAAUUCAAGACCAUCCCUUAGUUUUAAACAACAAUUUACCACCGUAUAUAAUAACAUAUUUUAUGGAUACAAAAACCCUUAUAUCUGACUUUAUCAAACUUGAUUAAAAAUUUCUCAAGUUUCAUGCAAUUUAAUUUACAAUAUAUCCUUUACGCCCCUGAUAAUGACUUAUGUACUUUAGCACCCCUGAUAACAAUAGAUGAAGAUAACACAUGAUUUAAAUUUUCAUAAAUUGGA